AAAAGACACGUAGCCGAGCUCAAAAACAAUUUUACAUACUAACCCUCACUCUAUCCCAACCCAAAAGAAAAUGACAAAAACGUCGAGAAGCUUCACGGUUUUCAUGUAGUAGCUUUAUUUAAUUGGCUCACACCGGUCCUCGCUGAGUAUAAAUAGAAAAGGACUCAGAAAUUGAAGGAAAUGAUCGAUCAGAACCUCUCGGGACUCGGACCUCACAGAUCUGCCGGAGAGUUCAGAUCCGGCGGAUUUCUCGCCGGAGAACAAAAUCUCAAAGGAAAGCUACGGCGACGACGAUGAGCAUCGUUCGCCGGAAAAGCGCGAUGAGUCCGAACCGAGCCGGCUCGGAAACUCAACAGGAGACGAAGAAGACGAAGGCGGAGAAGAGGCAGAGAUUCGAGCGGCGAUUGGUGAAGUACGAGGAGUUGCCGGAAUACCUGAGAGACAAUGAGUACAUAUUGGACUAUUACCGGUGCGAGUGGCCGCUCCGAGACGCGUUCCUCAGCGUCUUCGCCUGGCACAACGAAACCCUCAACGUAUGGACGCAUUUAGGGGGUUUUGUGGUGUUUGUGGGAUUGACGGUGCUGAGCUGGAUGGAGAUGGUGGAGCUCGGAGGUGUGCUCGCAAGUUGGCCUAGGGUUGCAGUUAAAGGAGGACCGUUGACGAAUGUGUCUGACAAUAUAUUUCCGGACUCGCGUUUGAGACACAUUUCAGAGUCAUCAGUGUUCCAUGUAAACAAAGAAGACAGUUCUGAGUUUAUUCCUAGAUGGCCUUUGUUUGUUUUCUUAGCCGGAGCUAUGGGCUGCUUGGUUUGUAGCUCCCUCUCCCACCUCCUCGCUUGCCACUCAAAACGCUUCAACCUUUUCUUCUGGCGCCUAGAUUAUGCAGGGAUUUCCCUUAUGAUAGUCUCUUCCUUCUUCUCUCCCAUUUACUAUAUCUUCUAUUGCAACCCCUAUUGGAGUUUCUUCUAUCUUACCUCCAUUUCAGUACUAGGGAUCCUUGCUAUCAUCACCCUUCUCUCCCCUACUCUCUCCACUUCUCGUUUCCGUUCCUUCAGGGCUUCCCUAUUCUCCAUCAUUGGCUUCUCAGGAGUAAUUCCGGCAGUUCAUGCUGUUGUUCUCCACUGGGGGCAUCCACAUAUAAUUGUUGCACUAGGGUAUGAGCUUGCUAUGGCUGUUAUGUAUGUUGUAGGAGCUGGGUUCUAUGUUAGUAGGAUACCCGAGCGAUGGAAGCCUGGUGCAUUCGAUAUUGCAGGGCAUAGCCACCAGAUUUUCCAUGUGUUUGUUGUUCUAGCAGCAAUUGCACACAGUGCUGCCACACUAGUUGUUUUGGAUUUUCGCCAGCAAUCACCAACCUGCGUGUCUUAGCCAUUCAACUAUUAGUCAGAGAUUGACAGUAGUGAUGGCAUUUUCUUAGCCCCAGUUUGUCUGUUGUUGCUCUUGUUUGUUCAACUAGCAUUGUAAAAUUAUGAAGAAGUUCCCUCCAAAUGUAUUGGAAAAGGAGUGCAGUUCUAGUUGUUUUGGAUUUUCGCCAGCAAUCACCAACCUGCGUGUCUUAGCCAUUCAACUAUUAGUCAGAGAUUGACAGUAGUGAUGGCAUUUUCUUAGCCCCAGUUUGUCUGUUGUUGCUCUUGUUUGUUCAACUAGCAUUGUAAAAUUACGAAGAAGUUCCCUCCAAAUGUAUUGGAAAAGGAGUGCAGUUCAUGUUGUAAUUCUGUUGAACAAAAAACUUUUAUCAUUCCUACUAAUGCAUUUUGUAGCACCAGAUUUGUAUGUUGUUUA